AUGGAAAAAUCUCCUGAAGUCCCAUUCAAAGAGCAAGAAGAGCUCGCCAGCGACAUCCUUGAAAGGCGCUCAGUUGAGCGUGGCUCCCUAGAUACCAAAACCGUCAGAUGGAUCGCCAUCAAUGCAUCAGCAACGGUUGCUAUUGUUUAUGUCAACAAGACGAUAUUUUCAGAUCCUGCUUUCCGGCAAUGCCAGCUCAGCUUCGUGGCUUUCCACUUUGCUAUCACCUGGACUACCUUGGCUGUAGCCUCAAGACCUAUCAUCGGCGCUUUUGCACCUGCCAGAACAAGCGCUCUUGGGAUCCUCCCUCUCACCAUUGCUAUGGGGGCAAACGUCGUACUCAUGAACCUGUCACUGGCUCAUUCAUCAGUAGUAUUCUAUCAGAUUGUUCGAAUACUCCUCACCCCACUGACCGCUCUGAUGAACCUGUUCAUCUACGGUUCGAAAAUCCCGUUCUUCGCGGUGAUGGCGCUCGUACCAGCAUGUGCUGGUGUAGGUGUAGUGUCAUACCUUGAGGCGGUCUCUAAGCAGAGUUCCGGCUCGAAUCACACCUCCAUGCUUGGUGUCAUCUUUGCGUUCAGUGGCGUCGCCGUUAGUGCUUUAUACACAGUUUGGGUUUCAGCAUAUUACCGCAAGCUGAAGAUGACAAGCUCGCAGCUCUUGCUCAACCAGAUGCCUGUUGGAGGAUUGAUCCUUGCGGUUUCCAGCUAUUAUACGGACAAAUACCCGGUAUGGGCUGAAAUCACUCGUGAACAGUGGACAAUGGUUGGCAUAAGUGGUCUCUGUGCGAUGCUCAUCAACGUUUCUCAAUUCUACAUCAUCACGCACGCAGGUCCCGUGAGCAGCACUGUCGUUGGCCACCUGAAGACCGUCCUUGUCAUCGCUCUGGGCUGGAUCGUGAAGCGAGAAGUUGUUGGACCAGAGAGCGCAUUUGGGGUGACUCUUGCAGUUUUGGGAAUCAUGGGGUAA